UCGUUGAUUGCAGACUCACUACUGGACAGUGGACGGAGCAGGCAGGCCUCAGGUGAAGAAACGCACUCGCGAGGUAAGUCAAAAUGUCGGCCCAAGAAGAGAUGCAGCAAUCCGGAGAGGUCCAGCAAUCUGGCGAAGCCGCCGAAGAGGUAGUGGCUUCAUUCCACCACAUCACAGAGCUGGAAGCUCACGGGAUCAAUCGGAACGACAUUCAGCGCUUAUCAGAGGCCGGCUACUGCACCAUAGAGUCGAUUUCUCACUGCACUAUUCGAAAGCUGGUGGAGGUGAAAGGAAUCAGCGAGCAGAAAGCGGCCAAGCUCAAGGAGACGGUGUAUAAGCUAGUCCCGAUCGGCUUCACAACAGCUUCCCAGCAUUUGCUCCAGCGCCAAGACCUAAUCACCCUGACCACCGGAAGCAAAGAGCUAGACAAGCUGCUCGAGGGGGGCAUUGAGACAGGGUCGCUGACGGAGGUUUUUGGGGAGUUUCGUACAGGCAAGACCCAGCUGUGCCACACCCUCUGCGUGGCCUGCCAGAUGCCUCUUGAUGCCGGUGGAGGGGAGGGGAAAGCCAUGUACAUCGAUACCGAAGGCACGUUCCGACCCCAGCGACUAACAGCGAUCGCAGAGCGAUUCGGCCUUAACGGAGACGACGUGCUGGAGAACGUUGCCUACGCUAGGGCGCACAACUCUGAGCAGCAAAUGGAUCUGUUGAAGAUGGCAUCAGCGAUGAUGGCUGAGGACAGGUACGCUCUGCUGGUGAUCGACAGCGCGACCGCCCUCUACCGCACGGACUAUUGUGGCCGAGGAGAGCUUUCAGAGAGACAAAUGCAGCUGGCACAGUUCUUGCGGCAGCUCACACGGAUGGCGGAAGAGUUUGGCGUCGCUGUGGUCCUGACCAACCAGGUAGUAGCUAACCCAGACGGGAUGAGCUUCGCUAAAGACAGUACCAAGCCCAUCGGAGGAAACAUCAUCGCGCAUGCUUCCACCACACGAUUGCGACUGCGAAAAGCGCGAGGCGACAACCGAAUUUGCCAGGUGUUCGACUCUCCAACGCUGGCGGAGAGUGAAUGUCAGUUCUCCAUCGGCCCUGUCGGGGUGGAGGAUCCGAAGGACUGAUCGACUACGAUCGUUCCAUGUGUACAACUGUGUUUUUUGAAUUUUCCUUUCCAAGGUGUUGUUGGCCAACCUCACUGUACUUCACGGUUUCACCUUGCAUACACGCUUUUCGCUUGAACUUGUCUCCUUCAUCCCUUUGUCCUAUUCCGCUUGAGUCUGGAACUGUUGUGCGUGCGCACCAAUGGCUCGUGCAGGGCCUCGUGUACUACAUACAAUUUUUUUCUCCCCGAGGCCUAGGCACAAGGACGGUUCGCCUGCAGUCGCAUCGCACACGGCCUAGAGAGAACCGAAGUUGGAUGCAAGAGUGAGCACGUCGGACUUGUUGACGGACCUGACCACUCCAAAGCAAUCCUGCAGUUUCCCAAGGAAGUCGUCGUCAACCUGAUUGCACCGAGUGUUGUAGUAACGUACAGUAUCAGGCCGGAGGAAAGCGGCAUCUACUCGUAAGACUGGUCAGAUUUGGAGUUUGUUCUUCUCUCUACGGGUACGACCAAGUAUCAAUUGUUGCUUCUUCAUUGUUCCAUGUCACAGUGGCCGGUACACAAAGCAUGGAAAUAUGUGACUGUGUGUGUGACCGCUGCGACCCACCUUCUCUUGAAUGCUGUCUGCUGAGUUAGUCUCGAAGGUCUUGUCGAUUUCCAGAUAUCUUGCUGCUUCCUGUUCGAUGGAUGUGGUGUGUUGCAAAGUUAGAGCGUAAUACAGCAGUUGGAGGGUACAAAACCACUGGCUUGAAGUACCUCGUGGUCGACAUGCCUAUGAAUGUGUGUUCCAAGUGUGUGUGCCCACGAGGCUUGAGCUACCAUGAUACAUACAUCCCACUGGAAGUACAGUGUAUCUUCACCUGAAGGCUCCACGCCAGGACGAGUGUGAAAUCGUUGAAAACCGCCCGCCAUUCGGUUUCUCGAGCAAAGAGGUGUCUCGCUGCCGUGUAACACGUCGACGUAGCAAAGCAGGUUACCAAGGGCGAAAUGCCCUGAUAGUUCCUGCACGAAAAAUGUAGACAGGUGCAUUGUAAUGCAACUUACACGCACGGUUAGAAUGCGUUUCUAUCCACGGUGACAGAGGUUCCGCCGCCCCUCACUGGCCCAGUUUCUGUGGAGACUAAAACGAACACGUUAAGGAAACCUGACAUUUGCUUCUAGAGUAGAGUCGUUCUCUGAUUCUUCCCUAUAACGAAGUGAAACUCUUCGAUCGGCAACGUUCUCUACGACUCUGUCUAGUUGACUGUGGAACGGAGGAAAUAGCCUACCUUGUUGGUUGAGGGAAAUCAUUUUUGCGAGGGGAACAAGGCAAUCAUACGUU